CUUUUUUGGGGAUCUCAGCCACAGCAAAUUCGGACUGCCCGUCUGUUCCCAACUGCCCUCGCCGCUAGACACCCCACUUGCCCAGCAUGAGCGACCUCGACAGGGCCAUCGCCCAAUUGCGUGCAUGCCGACCCAUUCCGGAAGCGGAAGUCCGCCAGCUCUGCCACAAGGCCAGGGAGCUGCUCAUUGAGGAGGGGAAUGUCGUCACGGUCAACGCGCCGGUCACAAUAUGCGGGGAUAUUCAUGGCCAGUUCCAUGAUCUGAUGGAACUCUUCCGGGUUGGAGGCGACGUCCCCGACACAAACUACCUUUUUAUGGGCGAUUUCGUCGACCGCGGCUUCUACUCGCUCGAAUCCUUCCUCCUGCUACUCUGCCUGAAAGUGCGGUACCCAGACCGCAUGACCCUCAUCCGGGGGAACCACGAAUCGCGCCAGAUCACGACCGUCUACGGCUUCUACGACGAGUGCCUGCGGAAAUACGGCAGCGCCAACGUGUGGCGCUACUGCUGCGACGUCUUUGACUACCUCGCCCUCGGCGCCAUCGUCCUGGGCGCCUCAAACACCCUGCCCUCCAGCAGCGGCCAGCCCGCAGCCUCGCCGCCUGCCGACGAAGUCGAGAUCGAGGUGCACAACGCCCACGGCCACGUCAUAUCACGCUUCCUACGCCCAAAAGAGACAAAGGGGGAUGGUACGGGAGGGGCUAGGACUGCGAGUCCCAACGGGGGGUUGAGUAAUGGGGUAUCAAGCGACAGCAGCAGUGGCAGCGGGAGUGGGAGCGCAUCCUCAUCGGCGCCCGCAAACACAGGCCCGCCGGGGUCAGGCGCGUCGGGAUCGAGCGGCGGGUCGGUCGGCAAUCCAGCCGGCGCGGUCCUGUGCGUGCACGGGGGUUUGAGUCCGCUGAUCGACAUGGUGGAUAAGAUCCGCUUGCUCGACCGCAAGCAGGAGGUGCCGCACGAAGGGGCCAUGUGUGACCUGCUGUGGUCGGAUCCGGACGAGAUUGACGGCUGGGGCCUGUCGCCGCGCGGCGCGGGGUUCCUGUUUGGCGCCGACAUUGUCAAGGUAUUCAACCACCGCAACGACCUCAGCCUUAUCGCGCGCGCGCACCAGCUUGUCAUGGAAGGGUUCAAGGAAAUGUUUGAUGCGAGCAUCGUCACGGUAUGGUCGGCGCCAAACUACUGCUACCGCUGCGGCAACGUGGCCGCGCUGCUCGAGCUGUCCGAGGACGAGUCCGGCCUGGGCGUGCUGGCGCGGAGCAAUGGCGAGGUGAAUCGGAGCGAUGGAGGGGUUGGGCCGCGCGGCGUGCUGAUGGAGAAUGACCUCAUGGGCGCAAGGAGCGGGCCGGCGAGGAGAUACCGCGUCUUUCAGGCGGCGCCGCAGGACUCGAGGGGGAUGCCAGCUAAGAAACCGGUGGCUGAUUACUUCUUGUAAUGAACCGAUGUUCUGUGUUAUGAUGAAAACGAACCAUGACAGAAUGGUGAAUGGUUGGCUGGGUUGGGUUGGAGUGACUGAUGCCAUGUCUGGACGUCAAGCCAGGGCAAAGACUCUUUUUUUAUUGUAUUGUAUCAUCCUAUACCACGAAUCUGACACCGCAUGGCCCAACCCCU